AUGUCUGCCACACUCCAAGCUAGCCGCCCCAAGGGAUCCUCCGUCGAAAACAAGACUGUCGGAGAGCGUAAAUAUUUGAUUGGAGGAAACUGGAAGUCCAACGGAACCUACGACGAAAACGCCGAGCGAAUCAAGGUGUUCAACGGACUUGGACCCAUCCCCGACAAUGUCGAAGUCGUCCUUUGCGUCCCAUACUUGCACAUUCCUCUCUGCUUGACGUCUCUUCGUGACGACAUUGAGGUUGGCGGCCAAGACUGUGGAAGCAACGUCAAGGACGGCGCCUACACGGGUGAAAUUGGCGCACACAUGUUGAAGGAUAUUGGCUGCACGUGGGUCAUUGUUGGUCACUCCGAACGUCGUGAAGGGUUCGGAAUGGCCGGAGAGCCAGAAGGACUUUGUGCCGAAAAGUGCAAGGUCGCUCUCGACAAGGGCCUUAAGGUCAUGUUCGCCAUUGGCGAAAAGAAGGAAGAGCGUGAAUCUGGUGUCACCAUGGAAGUUUGCGCCAAGCAAUUGGAGCCACUUGCCAAGCUUUUGAAACCAGAAGAAUGGGCCAAUGUUGCCAUUGCCUACGAGCCUGUCUGGGCCAUUGGUACUGGUCUUACUGCCACUCCAGAAAUGGCACAAGCCACACAUGCCGAUAUCCGUAAGUGGAUGAAGGACAAUGUUUCGGAAGAUGUCGCCAAGGCUAUUCGAAUCCAAUACGGUGGAUCUAUGAAGGGAGCAAAUGCCGAAGAGUUGCUGAAGCAACCUGAUAUUGAUGGUGGAUUGAUUGGAGGAGCCUCUUUGAAGGACGACUUCUUCAACGUCAUCAAUGGUGUUCCAAAGUAA